AUGUCACAAAAAACUCCAAAAAGUAAAUUACCUGAACAAAAAUCUGCAUUAGACGUUGCAGUUAAUCAGCUUGUCCGAGCUUCAGUAGGUGGUAGCGUACCCCCUACGCUACCCGAUGAGGAUCUAGACAAGUAUAUUGCUGACCUGGUUUUAAAAGAAGCUUCCGUAAAGAAUAAGAUGUAUAAUAAAGAGGGUAUCAGAGCAUAUUUGCCACAUACCGGGACCAGUCAACCAUGUAACCUUCCAAAGACUAAUAAAAGGUUUUUAAUUAAUGUGGUGAAAAAUGUGGAUUAUCAUAAUCAGGCUUUACUUAGGAAGAUAGAAGAAGAAGCUGCCGCUCGUAGGAUUGCUUUAAGACGAAAAGUUUCAUCACGUCAACGCGAUAGAAAUUCUAGAACUAGAAAGUUAUCAAGUCGAAGGUUAAGUCGUAGAAGGAGAUAUUACUCCCGAAGUCCAAGUUAUGAUAAUAGAAAAUCGUCGUCUACGAGAGAAAAAUCUAGUCGACGUUCUGUUAGUCCAGAGGAAAGAGUAAAUUUAUCAACAGAUUCAAAGAAUAAACCUACAUCAGAAACUAACGUUGUUAGAAAAAAAGGGCGUGGUGAAGUUAGUAAUGGGUCAAAAAUGGAUAAAUAUUUUAGGAAGGAUUAUGAUCCGAUGUUUGAUGUUGAACCAUUUAUUGGAGAACCUGGUUGGUAUAAUUUUGAUAGAUUUGAACAAAUGUUUGCUGAAAAAUCCGAAAAAUCCGAAAAAUCUUCUAGUAAAUCCAAGAAAAAGCGAAGACGAGAUUCCGACGAUGAAACUUCUGAUUCAAAUGAAGAUGUCGAGACUAGUAUAAAAAAACGUCGGAAAAAUGAUAACAAUCACAAAACUAUAGUUUCUGUUCGCGAAUGGGACAAACCAAAAUUAGUAUUUGGAAAUUGGGAUCUUGAUAAAACUAUAUAA